AUGGCUUUCACAAAUUAUAGCAGUCUGAAUCGAGCUCAGCUAACUUUUGAAUACCUGCACACUAAUUCAACUACUCAUGAAUUCUUAUUUGGUGCUCUUGCUGAACUGGUUGACAAUGCAAGAGAUGCUGAUGCCACCAGAAUAGAUAUUUAUGCAGAAAGGAGAGAGGACCUCCAAGGAGGAUUCAUGCUUUGCUUUUUGGAUGAUGGAGCAGGAAUGGAUUCAAGUGAUGCUGCCAGUGUGAUCCAGUUUGGGAAAUCGGCCAAACGAACUCCUGAGUCCACCCAGAUUGGGCAGUACGGGAAUGGGUUAAAAUCGGGCUCAAUGCGCAUUGGGAAGGAUUUUAUCCUCUUCACCAAGAAGGAAGACACCAUGACCUGCCUCUUCCUGUCUCGCACCUUUCAUGAGGAGGAAGGCAUUGAUGAAGUGAUUGUCCCAUUGCCCACCUGGAAUGCCCAAACCCGGGAGCCUAUCACAGACAAUGUAGAGAAGUUUGCUAUCGAGACAGAACUCAUCUACAAGUACUCCCCCUUCCGUAACGAGGAGGACGUAAUGACCCAGUUUAUGAAGAUCCCUGGGGACAGUGGAACGCUGGUGAUCAUCUUCAAUCUCAAACUCAUGGAUAAUGGAGAGCCAGAGCUGGACAUAAUGUCCAAUCCAACAGACAUCCAGAUGGCAGAGACCUCUCCUGAGGGCACGAAGCCAGAGCGGCGCUCGUUCCGCGCCUAUGCUGCUGUGCUGUAUAUUGAUCCCCGGAUGAGAAUCUUCAUUCACGGGCACAAAGUGCAGACUAAGAGGCUCUCCUGCUGCCUGUACAAGCCCCGGAUGUACAAGUACACGUCAAGCCGCUUCAAGACCCGCGCCGAGCAGGAGGUGAAGAAAGCGGAGCACGUGGCGCGGAUUGCUGAGGAGAAGGCGAGGGAGGCCGAGAGCAAAGCUCGGACUUUAGAACUCCGCCUGGGUGGAGACCUCACACGGGACUCCAGGGUGAUGUUGCGUCAGGUCCAGAACACGGCCAUCACUUUGCGCAGAGAGGCCGACGUCAAGAAGCGGAUCAAGGAAGCCAAGCAGCGAGCCCUUAAAGAACCUAAGGAAUUGAAUUUCAUUUUUGGGGUCAAUAUUGAACACCGGGACUUAGAUGGCAUGUUUAUCUAUAACUGUAGCCGCUUGAUCAAGAUGUAUGAGAAAGUGGGCCCACAACUUGAAGGAGGCAUGGCGUGUGGCGGUGUUGUUGGGGUCGUGGAUGUGCCCUACCUGGUCCUGGAGCCUACACACAACAAGCAGGACUUCGCUGAUGCCAAGGAAUACCGCCACCUGCUGAGGGCGAUGGGGGAGCACCUGGCACAGUACUGGAAGGACGUUGGCAUUGCCCAGCGGGGAAUCAUCAAGUUCUGGGAUGAGUUUGGCUACCUCUCUGCCAACUGGAACCACCCCCCAUCCAGUGAGCUGCGUUACAAGCGUCGGAGAGCUAUGGAAAUCCCCACCACCAUCCAAUGCGAUUUGUGUCUGAAGUGGCGGACCCUCCCCUUCCAGCUGAGUUCUGUGGAAAAAGAUUAUCCUGACACCUGGGUUUGCUCCAUGAACCCUGAUCCUGAGCAGGACCAGUGUGAGGCUUCUGAACAGAAGCAGAAGGUGCCCCUGGGGACAUUGAGAAAGGACCUGAAGACACAGGAAGAGAAACAGAAGCAGCUAACGGAGAAGAUUCGCCAGCAGCAGGAGAAGCUGGAGGCCCUUCAGAAAACCACACCCAUCCGUUCCCAAGCUGACCUGAAGAAAUUACCUUUGGAAGUGACCACCAGACCGGCCCCUGAAGAACCUGUACGUAGACCUCAGCGUCCUCGGUCACCCCCUUUGCCUGCUGUGAUCAAGAAUGCCCCGAGCAGACCCCCUCCACCAGCUCUGAGGCCAACCAGCCAGCUGCGGAAGGCACCUGUUGUCAGCAACACCCCCAAGCUGCCUGCCAUGGCAGCCCAGGAGGAGGCUAGUACAUCCAGGCUGCUGCAGCCCCCCAAGGCCCCCCGAAAGCCUGUUCAUGUUCCAAUCAAGGCUGUGCCCCCGCCUGCUCCUCCAGUGCAGCCACCACCACUGUCUCUGCCGCCGAACUCCAGGAUCCCUCAGGAGAUCCCUGUCCCCAGAGCCAUUAAGACUCCAGUGGUCAAGAAGCCAGAACCGCCCAGUAAACUCUGCCUGGCUACCACUGGCCGCAAGCGCAGUUUUGGGGUCUCUGAUGAGGAGGAGACGGAGGAAGAAGCUGAGAGGAGGAAGGAGCGGUCCAAGCGGGGCAAGUUGACCGUGAAGGAGGAAAAGAAGGACUUGAAUGAGCUCUCAGAUAGUGGUGGGGAAGAAGACUCAGCCGACCUUAAGAGGGCUCAGAAAGAUAAAGGGCUGCAUGUGGAGGUCCGUGUGAACAGGGAGUGGUACACGGGCCGUGUCACAGCUGUGGAGGUAGGCAAGCAUGUGGUGCGAUGGAAGGUGAAGUUUGACUACGUGCCCACAGACACGACGCCCAGGGACCGCUGGGUAGAGAAAGGCAGCGAGGACGUGCGGCUCAUGAAGCCCCCUUCACCGGAGUAUCAGAGCCCUGACACGCAGCAGGAGGGCGGGGAGGAGGAGGAGGUGGUGGCAGUGAUCCCACAGGCGCUAGCCACGGCAGAGCCCUCCACUUCUGACUGCAUCCGCAUUGAGCCAGACACCACUGCCCCCAGCACCAACCACGAGACCAUCGACCUGCUCGUCCAGAUCCUCCGGAAUUGUUUACGGUAUUUCCUGCCUCCAAGUUUCCCUGUCUCCAAGAAGGAGCUGAGUUCUAUGAAUUCAGAAGAGUUAAUAUCAUUCCCUCUGAAAGAGUACUUCAAGCAGUAUGAAGUGGGGCUCCAGAACCUGUGCCACUCCUACCAGAGCCGCGCCGACUCGCGGGCCAAGGCCUCCGAGGAGAGCCUGCGCAACUCCGAGAGGAAGCUCCGUGAGACGGAGGAGAAGCUGCAGAAGCUGAGGACCAACAUCGUGGCGCUGCUGCAGAAGGUGCAGGAGGACAUAGAUAUCAACACUGAUGAUGAGCUGGACGCCUACAUCGAGGACCUCAUCACCAAGGGGGACUAGGCUUGGGGAGAAAGAGCCUCCCCUGGCCACC